UUUACUGUCCCCACUAUGGAUGAGAAAUCGUCCAAGCUGAUUCAGAGUCUGUUUCCUGUCGGACACCCCUCCACGUCCGCCAAGCCAACAGUGUCCGGUCGGUGAGAACACAAACAAGAUGGCGACCAAGAUUUAACAGAGGAAAUAUUUUUAAUCGGGGCAUGGUUUGUUGUUUCCUACUCGGUUUGCUUUGUUGUUAGUUGAGGAAAGCUGAACUCCGUUCUCUUAUAUCCUUAUCUAACCGGCUGGGUGUUGAUCAUGUGCUGACACUGCUGUUAAAGCUCCUCCACAGAUAACAGGGUGGUAAACUCAGAAUCAACAUUUGUCUGUCUGUCUUCGGGAGAGAGAUCUAAACUGCCAUCCUGGAAGUCAUCCACCGCCCUGUCCCUCUGCCAUUCGACUGGACUGUUGUGAAGACUUCCUCUACCAUCAUGUCUACCGCUGCAGUAGCAGACAGAGGUUCCGUCCGUCCAGUCAGGGGCCCCGGCGACGGCAUGGAGACAGACAAGCCCCCAGUCGCUAAGGAGAUCGGUGCCGUGGAUACGCCUCUGUCUUCGGUGCCACUACUUAAGGUAGCUAGUCCCAAACAAAGCCCCAAGAAGAUGCACCCUGCCCCCGCCAGCCUCCAGCACAGCCCCCACUCCACCCCCCAGCAGAGCCCCAGAGCCAGUCCCAGAGCCACCCCGUCUGCCCCCCAGCCCCCCGGGGUGCUUCACCUGGGGAAGGUUCCCCGGGAGGCCUGCAUGGUGGUGGAGGCGGUGAGGAUCGUUGUUCCCCGUGCCGCCAUCAGCCGGAGUGGGGGUCAUGUGGGUCCGGCUGAGGAGAAAGGAGAGGCCUGGGCUGGGCAGCAGAUGGAGGAGCGGCCCCCCUCUCCCUCCCCUCCUCUGGAGGACCUGAGAGGAGCCAUGGAGAAGCUGCAGAACUCAGAGAGAAGACUGCUGCAGGACAAGGAGGGGCUCCUCAACCAGCUCCACGUGCAGACUGAGGUGAACAGAGAGUUGAAGAAGCUGCUGGUAGCCUCUGUAGGUGAUGACCUGCAGUACCAUUUUGAGCGUCUGGCCAGAGAGAAGAACCAGCUGAUCUUAGAGAACGAGGCUUUGGGUCGCAGCCGGGCCUCCACAGCAGAACAGCUGGAACGCAUGUCUAUACAAUGUGAUGUCUGGAGGAGCAAGUUCCUGGCGUCCAGAGUGAUGGCGGAGGAGCUGACCAAUGCCAGGGUUUCUCUCCAGCACCAGACCAGAGAGGCUCAGAGCGCCAUCACAGACCUGCUGAGUGAGAGAGACGAGUUCUUCAGAGACAUGAUGCUAACCCACAGGUCUCUGGAGCAGCUGCUGGUCUCUCUCCAGUGGGGUCGACAGCAGACCUACUACCCCAGUGGCCAGCCACUCAGCACGGGAGAACUAGCCCUAGCCAAUCACAAGCUGGCGGACGCCAUCAACUCCCGCCUGCUGGGGAAGGUUGGGCCAGUAGGGAGCAGCAGUGGAGCCGGGCUGGGAAAAGGAAGACGGGUCUCAGAGCUCCCUAACACCUCACACACGCCUGCUGAGAAGAUGGCUGAGAAGGUAGGAAGACAGGUCUCAGAGCUCCCUAACACCUCACACACGCCUGCUGAGAAGAUGGCUGAGAAGGUGUUGAAGAUCCUGGACCCUAUUUCCUGUUCAGACAACGAGGAAGAGCCCUCCCCCCUCUCUAUCUCUGACACCUCCCCCUCGGCCUUCCUGACCAAUAAGAAGAGCAUCGGCCGGUUCCACCCUUACACCCGCUAUGAGAACAUCACCUUCAACUGCUGCGAGCGCUGCAGCGGAGACAUCCUGGUCCUCUAGGGGUCAGAGGGCAGGGGUCGUGACCUUUAACCUGGACAGGUCAGCGCUGGCCGCUGUGAGGAACACCAGUCGGCUCUCCCUCCGUCGAACCGUCUGGUUUCACAGCGGCCUCAGAGCGGGACUUGACUGGAAGCACGGCAGAAGCUGACGAAACAACCGCUGAUUUUAAUUGGCUGAUCUCUGUCCGUCACCGUCUCAUAACUCUUAGAACCUCCCACGAUAUUGUGGGCUUCAGAACGUGAGCAGAGCAAGUGAUUUAAACAAGGAAGUGAGUUCGGAGAAUCUGAAAGUAUUCCAUCUUGGAAUCAAUUGGGCUUCCCAAAAAUAAUAUGGUCAAAAUUAUACAACACGUGUCAGUCAGUUAACUGCCUUGUUCAGGGGCAGAACGGCAGAUUUUUUACCUUGUCAGCUCGGGGAUUCGAUCCAGCAACCGUUCGGUUACUGUAUCGAGUAUUCAACCCCUCUCGUUAUGGCUUAAAUAAGUUCAGGAGUGAGAAUGUGCUUAACAAGUCACAUUAGUUGCAUGGACUCUCGCUGUGUGCAAUAAUAGUGUUUAACAUGAUUUUCUAAUGACUUCCUCAUCUCAGUAUUAUCGGAAGGUUCCUCAGUCGAGCAGUGAAUUUCAAACACAGAUUCAAC